AUGUCGUCGCAAGUUGGAGCGAUCAACUCGGUGAAUGCGCUCAUUUCGAGGGUAUUCGUUCAGCCCAAAGGUGAUUUGGCAGACCGUCUCAACUCCAGAAUCACAGUAGUAAUUCUUGCUGUAUCCUCUGGACUUCUCCUCUCUUCACACUUUAUUGGAGACCCGAUCACCUGUUGGACACCAGCUCAAUUCACAAAACAAUGGGCCGAUUUUGUGAAUCAAUAUUGUUUCGUCCAUGGCACAUAUUUUGUUCCUCUCGACGAGCAACUUUCAUUUGAUGAGGGAGAAAGAAGAAAAGACACAAUCCAGUACUAUCAGUGGGUGCCAUAUGUGUUUGCUCUUCAGGCCUUUUUAUUCUACAUUCCAAGAUUUGUAUGGAAAGCAUUGAUUUCCUAUAGUGGUUACGAUCUGGCUGCUGCUGUCAAGUACGUGGAUCGUUUCUGGUCUUCGAUUCGGGAUCAAGACAGCACUUUCAAAUCUCGUCUAGCUGUUUUCGAAGGACGUCCAUCUGUAUAUAUUUGGGAUGGAAUACGAUUGGCUCGAAAGAAAAGAAGCAAGAAUAUGGCUCUGUUCUAUACUCUUUCUACUGUUUGGCAAGCAAUCAAUGCCUGGAUUCAAUUUUAUAUUCUCACUAAACUUCUCGAUUCACCUUUAUAUUCUGCCUGGGGGCCAUCUAUUCUUGGAGAUUUGAUUCAAGGAAAUGAUUGGCAGACUACUGGACACUUUCCAAGAGUUGUUCAUUGCGAUUUUAAUACAAGACGACCGGCCAGUGUUCAGCUGGACACUGUACUUUGUGUUCUUACUCUGAAUAUCUACUACGAGAAACUUUUCAUCUUUCUCUGGUUUUGGCUUGUUUUCGUGGCAAUCGUCUCCACCAUCAACUCCAUGAGAUGGAUCUAUUAUUUGUGCAACACUAGCAAAGCUCAAAAAACAAUUCGCAACUAUCUUGCAACUGCUCCAGUCAAAUCUCCAAUCAGUGAUGAGCAAUUCUUCGAUGCUCUGGGUCCAGACGGUCUCUUCAUUAUGGAUCAGAUGGCUCUCAAUUUGGGAGAUAUUCCAGCUAGUUAUUUGACAAUUUCAAUGCGUAACAUUUGUCAAGAUUUCAUCGAAGUAUGUGACGACUACAUCGACGACGAACGUGCUCCAUUUGUGAAAACAAUCAAACAAAAAUAA